UGCGCGCGAUCGUCUCUUCACGGGAGCGUGCACGCACGAAUACUCGUCACCGUGGAGAUUGGGCAGGGCCUACAACUUGAGGCCGGGGAUCGAGGCCUAGCAGCUGUUUGAAAAGCAGUCAAGAGCGAGAAGGCUCUGCCGGGGAUGUGAGGGCAGUGAUGUUGCGGUCCCGGGAGUGAAGCAGCAAGUGCUGAGCCGAGGGUUGGGUUUGCCAGGGCUGGUGGACUGGACCGGGAUCUGUCUGUAACAAGCAUCACACGGAGUAUGAGCUAUGGAGCCGAGCUCCGCCGACAACCCGGUCACUCUGGUCAUCAAAACUCCAAACCAGAAAUAUGAUGAUCAGACCGUCAGCUGCUUCCUCAACUGGACAGUGGAGAAGCUCAAGAGCCACUUGUCUCGGGUUUACCCAAGUCGGCCGUCCACCAAGGAUCAGAGACUUGUGUAUUCUGGCAAACUUCUCCCUGACCACUUGCAGCUCAAGGACAUUUUUAGAAAGCAAGACGAGUAUCAUAUGGUUCACUUAGUCUGCUCUUCAAGGACUCCUCCAGGAUCACCCAAAUCUGGUUAUAAGAACAAUGGAACUCUGGCAACCAACAAUGGAACCAUGAGUUCUGAAAAUUCAAGUACCACAACACCCUCAUCGUCUCCAAGCCAAGAAACCUUUAUUGGAUCCACAGGUUCUAAUUCAGCUGAUAUUAGACACCGCAACUUUUCUCAGGUUCCUUUAAACCAUGCACAAAGUCACGGAUUCCAACACGUUAUGCAAGGACAUGGAGUUGGUCAGGUUCCUAUGCAGCCAGGAAUCCCAGGCAACUUUCCAAUAUAUUCAAUGUACAGUCCACAGCAUGUCCUCUGGUGGCAGCAGAUGUAUGCACGGCAGUACUACAUGCAGUAUCAAGCUGCAGCCAGGCUCUCAGGAUCAACCAAUACACAGUCCUCCAGUCCAGCAUCUUCUGAGCCCGUGAACCCUGAGCCUAAUCGCCCAGAUGAUGCCCCAGCCGCCCCCAUUGCAGCUGUUCCAGACAACAGACCCAUCAACCAGAAUAUUCAGAUGAACGCACAGGGAGGCCCAGUCCUAAAUGAGGAGGACUUAAAUCGUGAUUGGUUGGACUGGAUGUACACAGUCUCCCGAGCAGGCAUCCUGCUAAGUAUUGUCUAUUUCUACUCUUCUUUCAGCCGCUUUGUGAUGGUGAUGGGAGCAAUUUUGCUGGUUUAUCUGCAUCAAGCUGGGUGGUUCCCAUUCAGACAAGAUGCACCAAAUCGGCGACCAGCAAAUCAUCCCAUGGAGUUCAACCAGGAAGGGCAAGAAGAUAAUGCCUUUGAAGUUCGUGAAAUGGAGCGGUUAAUGGAUGAAGGUCUGGACGAUGAUAGUGGAGAAAGUGGUGAAAGUGGUGAUAGUGGUGAUGAUACCACUGAAAGCACAACAGGGACAGAGCCACCAGGUUUCAUGGCUUCUGCAUGGUCAUUCAUCACCACUUUCUUUACCUCACUCAUCCCGGAAGGCCCCCCUCAAGUUGGCAACUAGGAAAAGCAGUAGACUUUUCAUCUGACUGCUCACUACAGCUGUAUAUUUGAGUGGCAUUUACUAAAAAACAAACCAAGACUGAAGUGUUGGGAGUAUACUUAACCCUUUAUUGUGUUGCCAUUGUCUCUGCAAUUUUCCAUGCUGUUAAGUCUUUCUCCUGAUGCUGGCAUACAUUUGAGUUUCACUGCUUUUAUUGCACCCAAAUUCUGGAGGGCACCAAAUGAACAUGUGCUUUCCUCCGUUUCAUUAUCACUGCUUUACAUUAGCAAAGAUAAAAUAUUAUAAAAGUUACCAGUCUUCCGUGGUUUUGUUGUGAUUGCCACUAGCUGUGAUUUUAGUAACAACUGGGGGCUGGCAACAGAAAAUACAGAGAGCUAAGUAAACUAGACUAGCCUUGUCAAGACCUGGAGAAUUGAAGAAUCCGUUUGCUUUAAAACUUCUUUUUAAUCAAAGCAAAACUGCUAAAAGCAAGAUCUCCUGUUUUUCUGACGUGCUGCAGUCAGUUACCAAAUUAAUGCUCUUUUUUCCCUCUGAUUUUUCAGCAGCUGAUAGCUUAAUUUCUGAUUUGUACAAACGCUGCCACCUGGUGGAAAAUACCCUCCAUAAAACGUGAAUUUGAACUGAGUACUUGGGUGCUAACCAGGUGGAAGUGUAGAAUGAAACACACUUAAACUUGUCCUGUUCUUCAGCCAUAUGACAUUCUGGAGCAUUCAUGACAUUGGUAAUACUUCCAAGCAGUGUUUUGGGGUUUAAAAGGCUAAGAACAGAAAUAAAUAGAUUUACUUUCUACUUGUUAUAUACUUUUUAAACAACUUUUACAUUUUACAAACUCAUUUUAGGAUUAUAUAUUUUACUGCCUUGAUUUUAUCAAUGGCAUUCAAAACUUGAAGGCAUAAGUUUCAGGAUCAUUAGUAAGACUAUUGCUGCCAGUUUUCAAUUGGAAAGGACAAUGUGAUUUGUUAAGUGGCCUAUGUUACUGAUACAGUACAAGUGUAAGAACAUAGACGUAUAAAUAAUGUGAUCUGUCUGAGAACAUUACCAGCCUGAACAGCAAUAAAUGCUACAUAUAAAGAAAGCAGCACUAUUUGGUACUUUACAGAAGAAAAGGACCAAAUAAGGUCAGUGCCUGCAGCAUGCUAAUAUAUUUCACAUUAAAAUACUGUCACAAUGUAUCGCUGAUUGUUAGAGAAAAAAAUAAAGCAAAUAAUGAUUAUUUGAAUAAGCAUCGCCAUGAACGUGUGCAUUUAAAAUGUGACAUAUUUGGACUAUGUGGAAUACUGCAUUGUAAUAGGUUUUUAAAGAAGUGAUUUGGGUAGUUUCUGCACCAAGGCCUCUUAAUGAAAAUGUAAACACUUCCUCCUUGCACCCCAUUGUGGGAUAUUGCACCUUGUAACCUGGCGCACACAGGUCAGUCUCAUUACUUCUAAUCUUAUACACAAUACCUUUGAAAGGAAAAUAGUUAUUAAUGUCCCAACAUUGACACCUGCAAUAUAAUAAUUAGGUUUGUUUAGCUGUUAAGGUCCUUUUCCAAACUAUUGCUCAGUCAACAUUCAGUUGAUUCCCAUUUCUAAAAUUGUCAGAGGUACUGCACAAAAAAAUCCCUUUUUUUAAUUAUUAUUGAAAUGCACAAGGACAAAUUUCAGCCCUUAAUGGACAAACUCCAUCUUUGUGUUUUAAGUAAUUCUAGUCGUACCCUGCUGCAUUUCCAUGUAAUAUUGUAUUUAUAAAUAAAUUUGACUUAAUUUUA